AUGUUCAGUAAACAUAAUUCAUUAAUCAUAUUAUUUAAUUUUGGCCAGUUAUUAAAAUUAUUUUUAUUUUAAAAUAUUAAUUUAAGAUAAAAUAAAUUAAAUGAUGUUGGUGUCUCUAAAUUAGGAGAAGCUUUAUUUAACUGCAAUAAUCUUUCAUCAUUAACCCUUAACAUCUCGGAUAAUAAUAUAUGCUAAUAGGGAGCUACUGAAUUAGGAAACUCAUUAGGAAAAAGCAAUAAUUUAAUUAAAUUAAAUCUCAAUAUAUAGUAUUUUAUUCAAAAUUUAUAUUUUAUUGUUAAAAACCAUAUUUUUAAAUGA